AAAGGAACAAGGCUUGCAAAGACAAUCAUGAUGGCGGCCGAGGAAGGAUUGCGCAACGACUUGAGUCCGCGCGCGCCCACCGUGGCACAUACCGCUAGCCCUUCAUCGUCACGAUUCGGCACAGAAUCCAUCUCUGGGGACCGCUCCAGGCUUCUGAAUGCCUUGCCGUCACACGAAGAGGUCCGCGACGUACGUCUGAACGUGCUCAACACGAGUGUCCAAGGUGCGCGGAACGCAGGAAGCACAUGGCUGCUGCUGGUCGCGUCUGCCGUGAUCAACAUCCCGCAGGUCGUGGCUUCAGCAGUGAUCAUGGGCAUGUACUGGAACGACCCCGAACUGGCGAAUUGCAAUCGGCUCAAGUACUGGACACUCGUGCACACGCUCCACUUGUUCUUCACGGUCGUGGUCGAGUGGGUAGUGUACAAGACGACGGCGGUCGCCCCCGACGACCACUCCCAUGCUACGGUGCCAUGGGCUACGUCCCCCGCCGUGAAAAGCGCGUUGAACUCGAUCAAGUACUCGCUCGAAUUGCUCGGGUUGUUCUGGUUCUUAGUCGGCAACAUGUGGAUCAUCAGCGACGAAGAGCACAGCUCCACCAAGGCCGGCGGGCACCUGUACAACAUGGCCUUUGCCAUGGUCACGAUCUGCUACGCCAAGAUCUUCCUCCCAUGUUUGAUCCUCGUGGCGCUGCUCCCCAUCGUGUGUUUUUGCUUGCCCUGUCUCAUUCGCCUCUUGAAUCGAAUGCAAGACCCCAUGCGCGGAAAAGGAGCCACCGCGGAGAUCAUUGCCAAGCUGCCGAGCGUGCCAUAUGCAUCGUCCAUGUUUCCCGACGAGGACGCGAGCUGUUGCAUUUGCCUAAACGAGUACAUCCACGACCAAACCCUGCGCGUGCUCCCAUGUAAGCACCACUUUCACCAAGCGUGUGUGGACGAGUGGCUCGUCGUGAACGCCACGUGUCCAACGUGUCGCACUUCGAUUGACCCGAACGAAGGCGCAGUGCCACGUCACGACCCCCCCGCCGACGUCAACCUGAUUGUAUAGCAGGCGACACAACGCACCGUACUAGUAGUAGUCCCAUCGUAGUAAACCCAGUCACUAUAUAUACCGCGUUCUUUGCGCAAGUA